AUGUUAAAAACAGUGUUUAAUGUUAUAAAAACGAAACAUAUACAGACCAACCAAGGUUUACAAUGCCUUGGACCAUUUACUACCCAGGCUUGUAAAUUUAGCAAUACAUCGCAAUUAUGCCAUUCCGAAAAGCAAACUCACGAAGAGAAACAAAAUAUAAGUAAGGCUAUGAAGGCCUAUUUGGACCGAGCAAGAGAACACGAUGAAUUUAUGAACGAGCAGAAUCAGGAAUACCAGUUGGGAAAACGCCAUUUGGCGAAUAUGAUGGGGGAAAGUCCUGAGACGUUUACACAACAUGAUGUAGACAAUGCUAUCGAGUAUCUCUUUCCUUCGGGAUUGUUUGAGAAAAAAGCUAGGCCAAUGAUGAAACCUCCAGAGGAGGUUUUCCCUCAAAGAAAAGCCGCAGAGUUUGAUGAAACCGGAAGGCCACAUCAUUUUUUGUUUUACACGGGAAAAGCCAGCUUUUAUCAAGUUUUGCAUGAUACAGUACAACAUAUAGUCGAUUUAAAUAGAUUUGAAGAUGCCAUGAUUAGAAAAGGAAUGAGGCCUGAUAAGGAUCAAAAAAUAAAUUUGUCUGGUUACCAAUGGAUAGAUAAAGAUUCUUUGGAAGCCAAAUUGGUUGAAACAAUAGGCGAUAAAGACUAUGAAAGUUUUGUGCAAGCAUUUGAAAGAUUGUGUAGCUUACCGUAUUCCUAUAAAGUUAAAGAUUUUAUAAUGGAAUAUAGAAAACCAUUGAUGAGUCAGACAAAAGCUCAUGAUGCUCCGAAACCCCAGUAUGAUGAAAAUGGAAGGGCUUUUGUUACUACCUAUGAAUGUCUCAGGAAAAGUGCUAGGGGUGAUGUAACGAUUAGGUCCCCUGGAACAGGUAAAAUAAGCAUUAAUGGGGAGGAUAUCACCUAUUUUGAUUUGCUGCAGUGCAGGGAACAGGUGAUAUUUCCACUUUUGUUUACCAAUAUGAUUAACAAGGUGGAUAUUGAAGCCAAUGUUGAAGGAGGGGGAUCAUCCGGGCAAGCUGGCGCCAUAAGAUGGGGCAUAGCGUGGGGUUUAAGGAGCUUUCUGGACCAGGAAACUAUCGAAAAAAUGAGACUAGCUGGUUUACUAACCCGUGACUACCGUACCAGAGAAAGGAAGAAGCCUGGUCAACAAGGCGCUAGAAGAAAGUUCACAUGGAAGAAACGUUAA